AUUUGAUUACGAUAGAAAGCCGAUCAUACAAAAAAAAUAUCCGUGCAACAUUGUUUUGUUGAUCUUAAAUUUACGGAAAGGAGGAUAUCAAAAAUGGCGAGCGAGAUGGGAAAUAAUAAAGAUUAUAAUUUAAGACUUAUCGAUAUGCUCUACAGUCAAGUUCCAGCCUUCACCGAUGUAUUUGACGAAGAAACUUGGUAUAUUUUUGUCGUUUGUUUUGUAGCGGGUACUUUUCUAGUCGCAUUUAUUCUUUCGAGAUUUAUAACUAUAAAACCCAUUGAGUAAAUCAUGCAUAGCGAAUUCAAUUCACGAGAUGUUUUGUAUACUUUUUUGUAUUACACUUUCUCUAGAUUUUCUAUAAAAUUAGUGUCAUCACAUCAAGUUUUUAAGCAUGUUACAACCAGUAAAUUUUUCAAUCAAGUCUUAUUCUUACAAUUAAAUAAAAUUUUGCGCUAACAAACAUCGCAAAAAGAGAUAUACUUUGUAAAGGUGAUGUAUCGCAAAUCAUUUGUGCUCUGAUAAUAAAAUAGCAUUAAAGAGAU